UUUAGUAAAUUUCAAAAUUUGUGCGAGUAUCCUACGGUUGCGGCUUUUUAUUCCCAAUUUUUAUUGUUUAUUUAAAUUUUUAGUUAUUGUACUUUGUCGUUUCAAUGGCCAAUUCAAACUUUGGUACUUUAUGGAUAUGUCACCCCCCCUCCUAUUUUGAGUCUCAGAGUUUUCCUUAAACGUAUAAAAUGGUCAGAGAUUAUUUUCUUCUCCAUGUCAAUCAUUUUUCUUUCUUCAAGCAAAAUAAGUGAAAUACGAUAAAUGUAGAAACGAAAUGAGUGAAAUGUAAGUACAAAAUAUGUGAAAAGGCAAAAUAAACAAGCAAAAUACUUGAAGAAGAAAAAAAUGAUUGACAUGGAGAAGAGAAUAAUCUCUGACCAUUUUCUACGUUUAAGGAAAACUCUGAGACUCAAAAUAGGAGGGGGGGGUGACAUAUCCAUAAAGUACCCAAACUUUCAAAAUCGUGCGGAUUUUUCCAAUGAUUUUUCUAAAUACGUUAAGAUUUAUUUUUAUAUGUACUUUUACAGGUUCGACCAUUUGGAAUUGGAUGGGGACGAAUUCACGGAGAUGAAAAAGAAAUUACUUGAAUCUGAGCUUUGUCUACUUAAUGUUUUAGGAUUUGUUGUCCACGUACACCACCCUCACAAAUUCGUCUACAUUUACUUGCAUAUUCUUGGCUUGUUAUAUAAGGAAAGUGAUCCGAACGCGACUAAAGAACAGAUUAACAGGAGUAAAGAAUUACUUCAAAAAGCUUGGAGUUAUAUGAAUGAUGGUCUUCGAACAGAUAUAUUUUUACGUUAUACUCCAGAAACGAUUGCUUGUGCUUGUAUUCAAUUAGCUGCCAAAACUGUUGAUCAUCCUGUAAUUCUUCCCAAGUCUCCUCCAUGGUUUGAGCUCUUCGAUGUGUCUGAUUGUGAUAUUCGUCUUAUUUCUAAAAUAUUGAUGUGUCUUUAUACACGAAAAAGAGCUCCAAGUCUUGAUUUUAUUAAUUCACAAUUGAAGCUACAUCAAAAAGAACCUUCAGAUUCUAAUAAAAAUGAAGAGGAGGUGACUGAUAAAGCAUAUGCUGAUAUACAAAAAGUAGUUAAAGAAAGAGCUAUUAAAGCUAGUAAAAAAGGAGAUGAAAAAGCAGUGAGAAUUAAAAAAGUAAGUAUGAAACACGUUUUCGGCCCUCCAUUUCAUAUUAUGGUUGAUGCAACCUUUAUUAGUUAUUGCGUAAAAAAUCGAUUGGAUAUAAUGGAAGGAUUUGAGGAUUGUCUUUUUGAUAAAGUAAUUCCAUACAUUCCCAAAUGUGUUAUUGUUGAAUUGGAAAGGAAGGAACGUCGUUUUAAAUCAGUUUUGAAAAUUAUAAACGAUUAUCGUUGGCAAAGACUACAUUGUUCUCAUAAAAAAAGUAUCAAUUCAGACGAAUGUAUUAUUCGUAGAGUUGAAGAGCACAAAAACUGUGUCGUUGCUACUUGUGACAAAGAUUUACAUAGAAGUAUCCUCAAAAUUCGGGAUGUCCCAAUUAUUUAUAUUCGAGAUCAUCAACUUACAAUUGAGCGUAUGCCAAGUUAA